AGACACAUUAAAAGGCGGAUGCUGGAGAAGAGUUCACACACGAAACUUUAGCAAGACCGUUCAGUGUGGAAACUUUCAACACAGAAAACAAAAUGCGUGGCCUGUUUUCCACCCUCAUCGUGGUGCUGGUGGCCUUAAUGAUCGUGACUACAGAGGCUGGGAAAAACAAGAAAGAGAAGAAUAAGGGAGGUAAGGGUGCGGCGGACUGUGCGGAGUGGCGCUAUGGCACCUGCGUGGCCAAUAACGGGGACUGUGGACCAGGAGUGAGAGAAGGCACCUGUAACGAGCAGACCAAAAAAGUCAAAUGCAGAGUUCCCUGCAACUGGAAGAAAGACUUUGGAGCUGACUGCAAGUAUAAGUUUGGUAACUGGGGCGAGUGUGACUCUGCCACGAGCUUAAAGAGCCGCACCGGCACUCUACAAAAGGCUCUCUUCAAUGUCGACUGUCAGCAAACCAUCUCUGUGUCCAAACCCUGCGCCACCAAGGUCAAAAACAAACCCAAAGGAAAGAAAAACAAGGGGAAAGGGAACUAAAGGGAGCAAGAGAUGAACAGUAAACAUCACGUGAUCAUCCGUCAUCCAAACACGGCCUUUUAUAUCUCUACUCAGUGCUCUUCAGCUUGAGCGGGACUUGCUCCACAGCCACAAACAUAUAGCUUUAGAAGACUGUGACAGAGUAACAUCUGAGUAUUUGACACCUUACAUGACUCUUUCAUUUGUGAGGGAGAGGGAAGAAUAAAAUGUCGCUGUUUAGCAUGUGGUUCCCUGUAGUUUUCCCAUUCCUCUGAUGUUUCCCUCCAGCACAUUCCUCUCUCUCUCUCUCUCUCUCCCCCUCCCCAUCUAUCAGCUGUGUAAGCCUCAGGCUAAAGGACAACAAUCAGUAGAAUCAAAUCAAACACAUCUAUUUUAUGACCGUUUUACUUACAAAUUUGGUUUUGUAAAAUUGUGUAAUUUACAGGAUUAUAUUACUAGUGGGGUAUAUAAGUAGUGUUUGGAUGUCACCCUUCUCUUUUUUUGUAUCAUAGAAUAUAAAACUGAGGAGUGUUGUUUGAAAUAAAUGAUUUGUUUCUUUUUCUAUAAAAGGUCUAGUUUGUGUAAAAGUGAAAAUACCCCAAUACUGUUAUUUUUUCCUUUUGACUUGACUGUUACUAACAGAUUGAAGGGUGACAGGGGGUUUUAAGAUUUAGACUGCAUAUUAGAGAGACUGUCCCCUCUUGAGCAAAACCUAUUUUAUAAGCAAGAAAGACGGUGAAGUUUUGUUACAGAGCUUUGUGUGUUUUAUGUUGUGUGUUAACUAAAGGUAAGUUAGUGAUGACCGUUCAUUAUUAAAGACACUUGAGCCCUGCAAAUAUUAUGCAAACCCACAUGUGUGUUUAUGAACAUGUAAAGAACAAGCCUUUUCUUCUCCUGGUCAGUGCGCUUGAUAACUUUAUUAAGCUUUAUGCAAUAUAAAAAGAACCAUACACUCGUAUGUACACUGGCUCUUUAAGGGCAGUGGUAGAUAAGUCCAUAAUUACAAUGUGUUCAUUCAAACAGCUUCACUGGGGUAAUGAUCAUUGACUUUGCCCUUUAGCUGCUAUACUUAUACAUGGGAUUUCUACAUCAAUCCUUAUAUAAUUUACAUUUGAACAUUUGAAGUGAAAAUUUAAAAGACCAGAGGAAAGAGCAUUUUGGGCAAAGUCAUUUUUCUGGAUUGGUGAUGCUAAUGAUAGACUUGCUAUUUUCAGAUUUGCAGAAGGACAAUAUUCAGAUUGUAUGAUUGAUUUUCUUUAAUACAGUUCAGAGAGAACUCUA